AUGUCAUUAUCCAAUGCUCUGGUAUCUGCUGCCUUUGAUUUCGGAACAGCUUAUUCUGGAUACGCAUAUUCUCUUCGAUCAGACUUCAAUGAGGAUCCAACAAAAAUUCUUACAUGCGAAGGGUGGCCAGCAAGUAAAGGACUAUCAAUGAAAACUGCAACAUGUGUCCUUUUCAAUGAAAAACAGGAGUUUGAUUCGUUUGGGUAUGAAGCUGAAAAUAAAUAUAUGACUUUAGCUUCAGAACAUUUCCAUCACAACUGGUUUUACUUUCGACGGUUUAAAAUGGAACUGUAUGGGGAAAAGUCGAUAACCGAAAAGAUGGUCAUAGAGGAUGUAAACGGUAAACCCAUGAAAGCUCUCAUUGUUUUUCAAGCAGCUAUCAAAUACCUGAAAGAACAUUUUCUUGCAAACAUCAAGAAAUUCCAAGCAGUACUUGAUGAUGAAAUACAAUAUGUUUUAACUGUCCCUGCCAUUUGGAGUGACAGUGCCAAAAAGUUCAUGAGAUUAGCUGCCAAUGGGGCUGGAAUACAGGACGAUCAUCUGGUUAUUGCCUUAGAGCCUGAGGCUGCUUCAAUAUAUUGCCAACAUAUCAAAACUGAGAGAGUUUCAACUGACUUUGCCAAGUCGAUUGUUGGUACAAAGUAUGUGGUAGUGGACAUUGGAGGAGGUACAACAGAUGUUGCAGUUCAUGAAAAAUGUCUAGGAGGAAAAAUAAAGGAACUAUUCCACGCCAGUGGUGGAAACUGGGGAGGAAACAUGGUUGAUGAAGCGUUCUUCCAGUUUCUUAUUAGACUAUUCGGUGGACCUGUGUUAGCGAAAAUGAAAAAAGAUUACUUGUUUGACUAUUUCGACAUUAUGCAAGACUUUGAGUGUCAAAAAAGGAAUUUAUCGUUAGAAAGGGAAGAUACAAAUUACAUAUUACGGGUGCCUCCUUCACUGAGUAAGUGUACCAAAAAAUAUAUAUAAAGAAAAGAUAGCAUCAAUGCUUUCAUCGGAUAAUUUCCCUUACAAGGAUAAAAUGAAGAAAAUCGGCGAUAAAAUACUUAUUGAUAUUUCCUUGAUAAACAAACUUGUAAAAGAAGUGGCUUCAAGGAUUGUAGACCAUGUGUCCGCUGUUAUCGAGCAAUCAAACGUGUCGAAUAUAUCCAUGAUUAUCCUCGUGGGAGGAUUUGCAGAAUCCUCGAUAGUCCAAAGGCAUUUUGAGAAUCGCUUUAAGAGUGAGAGUUGUAAAAUUAUCAUACCACCAGAGGCAGGGUUGUCGGUCCUGAAAGGUGCUGCCAUGUUUGGGCAUAUGAAAGACGUCAUUUCCUGGCGUGUAUUGCGUUUUAAUUACGGUAUCAAUGCAAAAGUUCGUUACAAUUCACAAAAACAUCAUGAAAAAUAGAAGUGCGAAGAAGAUGGAGGCCAGUUUUGUUGCUUUAUUUUCAAUCCUAUCGCUAAAAGAGGAGAUAGGAUUCCGCGUGACCAGGUGAUCAAGAAAGAAUACACCUUCAAGCACUUUCAUCAUGAUGAAAGCAUAAUUGACCUUUAUUCUUCCAUGAAUGAUGUGCAUUAUACGUUUGAACCCGGAUGUCAGCGAAUUUGUCUAAUCCACCUGGGAAAUCUCAUCGAACACCCCGAAAAUAAACCAUGUAAGGUGGAUGUGGAAUAUAGAUUUGGAGAAACCGAGCUGCAAAUCACUAUAAGAAGCAAAACCACGGGUCAGUUAGUGGAAGCAUCUUGUUAUUUAUAAAUAAGAAAAUUUUAAAAACCCUAAUUCAUGGUUUUCUUGUUUUGGGGUAAAGUCAGAAAACUUGCGCUGAAAUAUAAAAUUAUUAUAAGAUGUUAUGUUACUAUACAGACGUUAAAUCAGCAGGAGUAUCACUGACUUUCAAUGACAAUUAACUGAAACUGGAGGGAACAAACAAAGCUGAAGCGUCGGUCACUGACUGAAGGAUUACCCUUUUAUAUUUAUGACUUAAAUUUCCUUGCACUAUUUUGUUUAUUAUUUCUUCUGCACAACUGUUAUUUAGUCAUGCUCUUAUAAAGCAAUUAUUCAUAAUCUACGUGAGUACACACACAUGUACAUGUAUAUGAUUGUUUUCCUGCUUAUUGAAAUGUGGUAGAAAAGGGAAAAAAUUGUUAUAUUAAUAAACGUAUAUCCUUGUGUUCCCGAAAUUUUCUUGGGGAAAGUGAUAGAAUUACUUGAGCACAAUAUUUCACGAGAAGUUCAAUAAGUACCGACA